AAUAACUACUGCUGAUCUGCUAUUAGUGGCCAGAUGGCAAAGAUCCACCGAAUUAAGUCAGAAAUUUUCCUCACUGUUUUAUCGAAGUGUUUGUCCAAAACGAAAUUGAAAAUUGAGUUUUACUUUUCAUAUUUAUUGUUUCCAACUGGAGUAGAUUUAAUCUGGCUUAAAAAAAGUUAAUUUAUUUUGAAGUUGGCCGCCACUGGUAACAAAGGAUCGCAGACGGAAGUAGAACAUGGGCAGUAGAUGGAGAGAAGAGGAAGAGAGGGGGAGAGAAGCGAGUGAACAGGUUGGGUUUUCCCAGCCUGAAAGCUUUUGUGGCGUUCCCGGAGGGAGUUAUCGGAUUUGCUCCGAGCAGCCGACAUCAGAGAGAGGGAGAGGAGAGAGAGCGAAGAGGAAAGAAUAAAAAACGACAGCCUUUCUUUCAUCGAGCAGGUCAAAACAGAACAUCUCGUUUUCAGAUCAUCAUCAGAAGUAGCUGGUUUAGCCGCACCGAACAUGCCGGCAGCACUUUACCUGAACAGGUCGUGGCAGACGUCACACACUGAGGGGGCUGCAGCUUUAAUUCAGCCCAGCAGGACCUCACCUGAUUCCACUGCUGUCUCCGAAAUAAAGAUCCUGCCCCCGGCCCCUUUGCACUAGUUGAACUCCAGCCACUAAAGAGGAUGAUUGAGGAAGGAGGGAGGACAGGGAAGACCAUGGCGGAGAAGAGGCAGAUUUUUACGGAGAUGAUGUCUCAGAAUUUUGACACAAUCCGACUCUCCACAUAUCGCACAGCCUGCAAGCUCCGAUUCGUCCAGAAGAAAUGCAACCUGCACUUGGUGGACGUGUGGAAUAUGAUCGAGGCCUUUCGGGAUAACGGCCUGAACACGCUGGAUCAUAACACUGAGCUGAGCAUGUCCAGACUGGAGACCAUUAUCUCCUCCAUCUACUAUCAGCUCAACAAACGCCUGCCGACCACCCACCAGAUUAACGUCCAGCAGAGCAUCAGCCUUCUGCUCAACUUCUUGUUGGCUGCACAUGACAGUGAAGGCCAGGGGAAGGUGACUGUGUUCUCAGUGAAGGCGAUGCUGGCUAUAAUGUGUGCAGGGAAGAUCGUGGAUAAACUGCGCUAUAUUUUCUCUCAGAUCUCGGACACGAACGGGGCGAUGACUCUGUCAAAAUUUGAUCACUUCCUGAGGGAGGGGCUUAAGCUGCCGUCCGCCGUGUUCGAGGGUCCGUCCUUCGGCUACACGGAACACUCUGCCCACGCGUGCUUCCCCCAGCAGAAGAAAGUGAUGUUGAACACGUUUCUGGACACCAUAAUGGCUGACCCUCCUCCUCAGUGUCUUGUCUGGCUGCUCCUCAUGCAUCGCCUUGCUAACGUGGAGAGCGUCUUCCAUCCAGUUGUUUGCUCGUACUGUCGUAGUGAAGGCAUGGUUGGGUUUCGGUAUCGAUGCCAGCAGUGCUUCAACUAUCAGCUCUGCCAGAACUGCUUCUGGCGCGGUCAUGCCAGCGGUAACCAUAGCGACCAGCACCAAAUGAAGGAGCAGUCGUCCUGGAAAUCUCCUGCUAAGAAGCUGAGCCAUGCCAUUAGUAAAUCUUUCGGGUGUGUUUCGAACCGUGAGCCCCCUCACCCGAUGUUCCCCGAAAACCCUGAAAGACCACUCGACCUGUCCAACAUCGUUCCACCCCGUCCCGUUCAAAACAGCAUGAAUGACUCAGUCACGCCCCCCUCUGAAGGCCACACCCCCAUCAAAAGUAGCGUGCAGGGUAUAGCUGCUGCUCAGCGUAUGAAUGAGGAACACGCAUUGAUUGCAGCUUAUGUGGACAAACUCCGGACGAGCCCACGUGCGCUGGACAGUCCCAGUCGAAUGGACGAGGAGCACCGGCUAAUCGCCCGAUACACAGCUCGGUUGGCAGCUGACCCCAGCAACGCAGCCCAGACGCCUCAGCAGCUCAGCUUUGAUGCUAACAAGCAGCAACGGCAGCUAAUAGCAGAACUGGAAAACAAAAACAGGGAGAUCCUGCAGGAGAUCCAGCGUUUGCGUUUGGAGCACGAACAAGCGUCCCAGCCCACUCCAGAGAAAGCCCAGCAGAACCCCACCCUGCUGGCUGAACUCAGGCUGCUCAGGCAGAGGAAGGAUGAGUUGGAGCAGAGGAUGUCUGCUCUGCAGGAGAGCCGGAGGGAGCUAAUGGUGCAGCUAGAGGGGCUGAUGAAACUGCUGAAGGAAGAGGAGCAGAGGCAGGCUUCUCAGGCAGCUGGCUCUCCUCAGACCUCACCUGGCCAAGGCUCUUCUCGUCCAAUCCCCAUGCCCAUACGCUCUGCAGGCACCACCCCAACCCACACAGGCCACGCCCCCUCCCACAUGCCCCAGGACUCUCUGGCUGGAGUGGGCGGAGACGUGCAGGAGGCUUUUGCUCAGGGAGCACGUAGGAACCUGCGUAAUGAUCUUCUAGUGGCAGCUGACUCCAUCACCAACACCAUGUCCUCUUUAGUCAAGGAGUUGCACACUGUGGAGGAUGGAGGGGAUGAAGAAGAUGAGAGAUUACAGAAUGGGAAGGACAGAGGCUAAGCCAAAUGUGAAGCUAGCGAUACCAAGUGCGGUGAUUGGACGGCAGAGAGCGAUCGCUCGGGAGGCUCCACCCAAAGAAACCAGGCACAUCAUUCAGCCACUGCUGUCGCCAUGGCAACAUCACGUCAACCAAGCCUAGGGUUUAGUGGUGCUCCAUCUUCUGGCUCGACCACUCAGAGGAUAGUUUGAGGAUGUGGGCAGGGGUGUCGCUGUGUCCACUGUUGGUCACUGUGGAUGUUGUGUGUGUUUUCUUGUUGUUUCUUGUGUUUUGCUGAACAGCUCUUUCUUUAAGUAGUUUAGUUUGGUUUCGCUCGUUGAUUUGGGAGUAUUUCAUUAGCGAUUGCUGCGCCAAAAGGUAUUGCAGAACUACUGAUUAGGUCUAGUGACGAUGUGCUCAUGAGUGUCAGAUUGAUUGACAGCUCAAAGACGCACCCGUUAACGGUUUACAGAAAGUGACGUGGCUCGGUGGACGGAGUGAAGUGGUGAUGGAGAGAGAAAGAAGGCAGGGAGGUGAAGGGAAUUGAAAAGGAUGGUUGAAUUUAUCAAUGACAGGUUGAUGACGGGUUGAGUAGGUUGUUUUGUGGCUGUGGUGAUGUUGAUUGGGGGGUCAAGUUGAUGCAGAUUAAAGAAAGACUUAUUGCUGUAUGACUGGUCUGCUUAAAGGGGAAUUCCACCAAAUUUUCAAAAUUUCUACAUAAUUCAGUGGUUGAGAUGUAAACAAAGUCAUUCUGAGUGGUUUGAGGUGAAAUCAUUGAUUGUAGAGACUCAUUUCUUUACAGUGGUGGUGAUAGAAAUCAGGGGGUCGCCAUGACUACAACACAAAUUAUAGGCAUUUUAUUUGCUGAGUUUUAUAUGUAAUGUUAAUAGUGAUAAAUCUGAAAAAAUGUUUUCUUUGCAUGACAACACCCUGCAUAUACACCAUGAGCGGCUUUUUAAAAGUAUGUUUUGGGCCGAUAUUUUCUCAGAACUGUCGUAAAACAAUGAGUGUGUUUUACAUGCACUUCAUAAUCCGAUAACUGUCAGUAAUCUGAUCAACAAGUUUACAUGCACCUGAGUAAUCAGAUAAUGUGAAAAACGUAACGCAGCAGAAAACGUAACGUAAAAAAAAUGGCUUUUUUUCAAAACAUUGCGCCACUUUACCUGAAAAUAUGAACAAACAUCAUCUAGAAGAUGAAGAAUAUUUAAAUCCUUUAUUUCGUCGAGCAUGUUGUUGGUUUCAGCGUCGCUCCAAAAGUGUUUUGCUGCGUCUCGCGGUGAUUCUGCUCGCUUAUUUCCAGUAUCAGUCUGUUUUCGCACAUGCUCAGACUGAGAAAUCCGAAAGAAAUCAGAGUAAGAGUUUACAUGCACUGAGAAAUCUGAUUACUGAGCUAAAAUCCAGCUCUCUUUAUUUCCGGAGUUAAUCCUUUAUCAGAUUUCUAGACCUUACUCUGAUCUAAGAAAUCAGAGCGUGCUGUUUACCAUUUGAAUAAUCAGAUAACUGCAGAAAUCCGAUAAUGAUUGGAUUAUUGAGUGCGUGUAAACACAAGGUCUGAGGCAUCAGUGUAUUUGUAAAUGUAAUAACUGUGUGAGUUGGUAAUUUUCUCUAGAACCACCCUGAAUGACUUUGUGUACAUCUCCAUGAUGGAAUUAUGUUAAACGUUUGAAAAACUGAUGUAAUUCCCCUUUUCUAUGGAACAGAACCAAAAAAGGGGUCGAUUGCUGUGCUGUUAAUUUAUUUUUUUGUGUUUUGCGUUAGAUUUUAUUUAUUUUAAUAGGACAGUUUUAAGCUUGUAGGUGUACAUUUGAAAAGCGUUACGAUUAUGAGUUUAUAUGCUUGUUGUCCAGACAAACUGUGAGCCUGGUCUGCAGCUACGAAGUCAGCAUUAACGCUCCACUGGCUUUAUAGAGGAGCGAGGCUCAGACUGAAGAGUCUGGUCGUCAUGAAGAAUCAUAAAGACUCGUAUCUGCGCUGGAGUUUGUGUAUAUAUUAAAGGAAUGGAGUAUUUAGUUUUAUAGAAGCUGAUUUUAGGUACAGAUAUAAAGACAGAGACUGAGAAUAUACUGUGGUUGGUCCUGAACUGGACUGCUGUACCCAUGAGGUCUCGUUUUGUAGUUUUUAAUCCAAGCACUGUUUGUAGUCCUUACAUUUCAGGCUCUGUUGAGUGCACAUUUCACACACACGCACACACACACACACAUACAGCGGCGUGCAAAGGUUCGGGCACCCCGGUCAAAUGACAUAGUUUAUUUGUGAGAAUACAGAGAACACGCUUGAAGGGGAAUUCCACUAAAAUUUUAAAAUAUUUGUGCAAUUCAAUCAUUGAGAUGUAAACAGUCAUUCAGAGUGGUUUGAUAUGAAAUGGUUCAUUGUAGAGACUCAGCGGUGGUGAUAUAUGAACCAGGCGGCAACGUGACUACAACACGGAUAUAGCCGUUUUAUUUACUAUCCAAAACCACCAGUGAACCUACCAGGGAAGAGUCUUCUGAGUUUUAUAUGGAAUGUUGAUGAUGGUAAAAUAGUGGGAUUUCAGGAAAAAUAAGCUUUUCUUGGGAUAUUCAUAACCAUUUCAUAAGAUAUGGGAGCUUUUAGAGGCAUUAAACACUUAAGACAUCUGGUUCCUAUCACCACAACUGACUCUGCAACUUUUUUGAGCCAUUUCGUAUCAAGCCACUCUGAAUGACUUUGUUCAAAAUUUGCUGGAAUUCUCCUUUAAAUGUGGCAUUUUUGCAGAUUUUAUUGCACAAGUUCUAUUUCGCUGUUGUCGGAAGAAAACCUCGUAUCACCAAAAUGGUAACUUAACAGGAGAAGGAAAAAACCUACUUUACUGUUAAUGUAAGUCAAAACCAGACUUUUUUUUUCCAAGUCAUUUUGGGUCGUUUCUUUUGGUCCGUUCAUCUUGAAAUUUACACACAAUGUAAAGGGCAACAGGCAUUUUUAGAUUAUGUCAAAAACUGAAAAAUGCCAGAAAUUGAGAUACAAGGUUUUGUUCCGACAACAGCGAUUUAUUUGUUGUGAAUAUAGAAAAAUAAAAUGUGCUAUAACUUUUGCACAGGCCUCAUUCUGUUUUUUACUUUUCUGUGUUAAAUUCAGGAAAUAAACAGUGAUUAUGCCUUGAAAUUUGCCGAAAAUUUGUUUUCUAAACAGUUCGCUUAUUUACACUUAGAAAAUCAACAACAACAACAUGCCAUUUGACCAGGGGCACCCAAACUUUUGCACACCCCUGUAUCUGACCUGCUGGGUUUUACUUAUAAUGUGUAUGCGAUUGCAAAAUGCUGGAUUGCCUCAGUAACGAUGCUGCCUUCAUUUACUAGAGUCCCAGAAUUGUGGGAAAUGUAUUUUUCUAGCCGUAAUGGCGUUUCCUGGUCCUGCAGUCGGCUGCAGCCAGAGGAAUCAUUGUCAUUAUCUAAUUGUGCCAAAAUUACUUGUUGAAUUGCGGUUUUCCUGUGUUUGUAGUCUCCUGGUCUCAGUUUAUAGGCUUUAAAAACCAGCUGUGCUCUUUUUCCCCCCUGUUGUGUUACUCGCUCAUGAUUCUGGAACUUUCUGAGCGUCUGGCUUCGCUAACAGGAGCAGGUUUGGGUUCUGCACUCCAUACAGAUUAGAUUUAAUUUUUAAUUUUUCUGCAUAAUUUAGUGGUUGAGAGACAUUCGGAGUGGUUUGGUGUGAAAUGUUUGAUUGUAGAGACUCAGAUUUCUUUACAGUGGUGGUGAUAGGAACCAGGGGUCGCCAUGACUACAACACAAAUAUAGACAUUUCAUUUACUAUACUACACUUACUGUCGCUUUAAAUUUUUUCUUUUUUUUUUCUUUUUGGCAAAAUUUGAAAAUGCCAGCUGCCGUGUACACUGUGUUCAAAUUUCAGGAUGGGCCGAUAAAAUAAUUUAAAUGGCUUAAACAAUCUUUUUACAUUAACUUGCAUUCAAAGUUAAAGAUGUUACGAUUGUGUUAAAACGUCAGGAUGAACAAACCAACAGAAAUGAUCCAGAAUUACCUGGAAAAAAUCGUUACAUUGACUUGCAAUAAGUUAUCUCUCUAAAUUUAGUGCAUUUCACAUCAAACUGAUCUGAACGACUAACUCUGAAUUUUGCUGAAAUUUUGGAAACUCACUGGAGUUCCCCUUCAAUAAAGAAGGUGAAUAUGUAAAUACAGAUUAAUUUGAAUGUCAUAUUUUUGAUUUGUCUGACUGCUGAGCUCAUACCUAACCCUAAAAAUGACUGGAUGACAUCACUUCCUGUUUUCCAGAACUGGGGCCUGUAGUUUUAUAGCUGAAGCAGAUUUUACUGUUGGUUCUAUAAUUCAAGGGACGGUCCACCACUUUUCAAUAAUUUGGCUACUUCUUCAAAGAAAAUACCCUUUUGUCUUAAAAAUCACCUCAGCCUUGAUGAUCUUUAGAAACUGAGAUACUGAGUACUGAUUUCCACAAAGUGUUGGCACCCUCGUCUUCAGUGAAAAUCCCCUCUAUUUUCUUAAUUUCCUUCUUUCCUAAGAGGACUUUUCUAUGGACAUUUUCUAAACCUCAAGCCACAAAAUUGCCACUUUUCAGAAAUGGACUUGAAACUGUUGUAUUUUGUAUGAUCAGAUUUCAUUCUCAGCUCUCGGAAGUGUAAGCAGUGGGGAGCGGUGGGUGGAAAAGAAACGGUCAUUUUAUUUUCCUCUCAAGACUGAAUGCAUGUUGACAUUUGCAGUGUGAUUUUGAAAUGUGGUGGUGUGUCUUUUUGUGUUCUGCUCAGCACAGAGUGUUUUGACCAGCAGAAAGAGGUGUGUUGGGGGGGCACGUGGUGCUGGGAACCGUCAGCUUUCUCCUCAUCCAGCCCCCCCUCCCCCGCCCCUAUCAGUCUCAGAGAAGACCGCCUAUGACUGUGUUUCAGAUUUUUAACAAAACGACUCCAAAAAUGAACAAAUCUCUAGAGGCAUGUUUCUGAUGUCCAUGAUUUUAAAUGCUAUGUUGUAUCCAGAAUAAAUGAUAUUUUUAAAAGGAAAAUUACA